AUGCCACCAAAGAAAAAGGGCAACAAGAAGGCCCAAGACGACUGGGAAGCAGACUUGGGCGAGACCAUCGGCCCCGCCAACCCCGCCACGGCGGAAACAAACGAGGCCGCUCCUGACGCCGGCGGCGAUGACGACUCUACGGGGGGAGGCGGCCUGAUGGCCAUGCUGCGAAAGAAUAAGGAGAAACGGAAAAAGAAGGGGUUGGCCGAUGACGACGUUGUCCAAGAUGAGGAUCCUGCUCCAGCCGACCCAGCAGCCGAAGCUUUGUCGAACCAGGCACCGCAAGAGGCCGCAUCGGAUGAUGCAUUCGCUUUACCCGAUAAAAAGGGUAAAGGCGGCAAGGGAAAGCCUGCGGGCAAGAAGGAAGACCUUGAAGGCGAAGACGGCACUGAAUCUGGUCGGAUCCUCACCAAGGCUGAAAAGGAAAAGUUGAGAAAAGAGCGAGAGAAGCAGCGUAAGAAGGAACAGGCUGCCAAGAAGAAGACUGCGCCUGCGAAAUCUACCGAACCGACCACGGCAUUGCCUGCUAAGGAUGCUGCUCCUGCACCUGCUGCGGACACUCCAUCUCCUGUUGCUGAGACGGGGGGCAAAAAGAAGAAAUUACCGGCCCAUCUCGCCAUGAUCCAGAAACAGCAGGAGGACUUGCGCAGGCGGCGCGAAGAAGAAGAGCGCCGCUUAGCGGAAGCAAAAGCCAGAGCGGAAGCAGAAGAACGACUUGCAGAAGAGGAAAUCCAGCGAAGAGAAGAAGCCAAGGCUCUGAAGAAACAAAAGGAGAAGGAAAAAAUUGAGCAGCUCAAGAAGGAGGGAAAGUUUCUGACCAAAGCCCAGAAAGAGGAAAAGGCACGUAAUGAGAGAAAGCUACAGCAAAUGUUGGCCGCUGGAAUAAAGGUUGGCCCUCAGGAAUCGACAGACGAACCCAAGAAGAAGAUUGUCUACGACGGCAGGAAAAAGAAGGGUAGAAACGACAAGCUCGACGAAGAUGCUGCUCUAGCAGAGGCUGCUGAGAGGGCUCGCCUUCAAGCCGAGAAGACGUUGAAGGAAGCAGAGGAUAGAGCUGCCCGAGAAAGGGCCGAGGCAGAUGCCAAGGCUGCCGCUGAGAAAGCUGCCGCGGAAAGCGACGUUGAGGAUGACUGGGAAGCGGCAGCCGCAUCAGAUGACGACGUUAAAGACAGCUGGGAUGCUGAUUCAGAUGAAGAAGCAGAGAAGAAAUCCGCAGCUCUCAGCCGUGGCAGAAAUGGGAAAGCAGAAGAGGGAAGCGACGAGGAUGGAUCAGAAUCAGAAUCAGAAUCAGAAUCCGAAUCCGAGGACGAGGAACUAUCGGCUGCGCGACAAGCGGAGAUGCAACGCAAGAAAGAAGCAGCUGACAGGAGGGAGAAGGCUCAUCAAGCCGCCCUGGCUGCCCGCUCAAAGGAUAACCUGAGAUCUCCGAUCUGCUGCAUUCUCGGCCACGUCGACACUGGCAAAACCAAGUUGCUCGACAAGAUCCGGCAGACCAACGUUCAGGAAGGAGAAGCCGGUGGUAUUACGCAGCAAAUUGGUGCCACGUAUUUCCCUGUCGAUGCGAUCAAGCAAAAGACUGCCGUGGUCAACCCGGACAACGAGUUUGAGUUCAAGGUGCCUGGUCUCCUGGUCAUUGACACGCCUGGGCACGAGUCUUUCUCCAACCUGCGUUCCCGUGGCUCAUCCCUCUGCAACAUUGCCAUUCUUGUCGUGGACAUUAUGCACGGCUUGGAGCAGCAGACGUUGGAAUCGAUGCGUCUUCUCAGGGAUCGCAAGACUCCCUUUAUCGUGGCCCUGAACAAGAUUGACAGAUUGUACGGAUGGAAGAAGGUGGACAACAACGGCUUCCGAGAGAGCUUGGACCUGCAGAACAAGGCCGUGCACAACGAGUUCAAGAAGCGAUUGGAGGAGACCAAGCUGGCUUUUGCGGAGCAAGGUUUCAACUCGGAGCUCUUUUACGAGAACAAGUCCAUGUCCAAGUUUGUCUCCCUCGUUCCCACCUCGGCCCACACCGGUGAGGGUAUACCGGACAUGUUGAAGUUGAUCGUGCAGCUUACCCAGGAGCGCAUGGUUGGUUCGUUGAUGUACCUGUCCGAGGUUCAGGCAACGGUGCUCGAAGUCAAGGCCAUCGAAGGCUUCGGAAUGACGAUAGACGUCAUCCUGUCCAACGGCAUCCUCAGAGAAGGCGACCGCAUUGUGCUGUGCGGCACGGAAGGGGCUAUCAAGACGAACAUCAGGGCGCUACUCACACCGGCUCCGCUGCGAGAACUUCGCCUGAAGUCGCAGUACGUGCACAACAAGGAGGUCAAGGCUGCGCUUGGUGUCAAGAUCAGCGCUCCGGGGCUCGAGGGUGCCAUUGCCGGCUCCAGGCUCAUGGUGGUUGGCCCCGACGACGACGAGGAAGACAUCGAGGACGAAAUCGUGGCCGAUUUGGCCAGCUUGCUCAGCCGGGUCGAGAAGACUGGCAGAGGCGUCAGCGUGCAAGCAUCUACCCUCGGGUCUCUGGAGGCGCUGCUGGAUUUCCUCAAGGACUGCAAGAUCCCCGUGGCCAAUGUCGGGAUCGGGCCCGUCUACAAGCGAGACGUGAUGCAAUGCGGCAUCAUGCUGGAAAAGGCUCCCGACUACGCGGUGAUGCUCUGCUUCGACGUCAAGGUCGACAAGGAGGCGCAAGCGUAUGCGGAAGAGCAAGGCAUCAAGAUAUUCACGGCCGACAUCAUCUACCACCUGUUUGAUGACUUUACAAAGCACAUGGACGAGAUGCUGGAAAGGAAGAAGGAAGAGUCCAAGAUGCUGGCAGUUUUCCCCUGCGUGCUGAAGCCCGUUGCCGUGUUUAACAAGACGAGCCCUAUUGUCAUUGGCGUUGAUGUUGUCGAGGGCCAGCUCAAGAUCAACACACCAAUGGCGGCAGUCAAGACCAAUCCCGUGACAAACGUCAAGGAGAUAAUCAGUCUUGGCAGAGUCACCUCAAUCGAGCGAGACCACAAGCAAAUCCCAGUCUGCAAAAAGGGGCAACCUUCUGUGGCCAUCAAGAUUGAAAUGGGUGGCCAUCAGCCCAUGUACGGAAGACAGCUUGAGGAGGCAGACAGCCUGUACAGUUUGAUCUCUCGAGCCAGCAUCAACUGCUUGAAGGAGUUUUACCGCAAGGAUGUGUCCAACGACGAAUGGCAGCUGAUUAUCAAGCUGAAGCCUCUUUUCGACAUCAACUAA